AUGGAACAAUAUUUGGUUUCAGUUGAUGGUUUUUCUUCCAUUGCCUCCAGACUCUUCCACGUGUACUUUCUUUUUUGUUGGCUUCUACACCAGAUGUUGGAGGUCCCCAUCAUUACAUUGAAUGCAUGUAUGUGCGAGCCCAUGAUUAAAAACAACGGUCAUAGAAACCACCAUUUUGUCCCAACUCGCUUGUUAAUGUUAGAUGUGGAGAUUGUCGAUUUACUUCUAAAUAAUGGAGCUGAUAUUUCCGUUAGAGAUGAAAAUGGCUUAAACGCCAUAAUGUAUGCUCUGUGUGAUGCAGAAGUUGAUCAUUCCAUUCUUAAUACUCUUCUGAAUACUGAUAAGGUCAACAAAUCUUUCGAAGCGUUACAAAAAACGGUGAACACACCAGCUUAUGACGGAGCAACUGCAUUGUAUCUUGCUGUUCAGAUUGCUUCUAAAGAAAUUAUGCUUUUAUUGUUAUCAGUUGGUGCAGAUCCAGAUUUGGUUUUACGAGAUGAAAAGUUGGCUCCUGUCCAUGCGGCAAUAGCUCUUGGUCAUAUCGAGUUAGUUGAACACCUUUUGCCAAUUACAUUAAAUUCUACCUUACUUAGGCCCGAAUCCAGUCCUAUUUCCUUGGCAUGUGAUAAUGGGAAAAGUGAAAUGAUUAAGUUUUUGAUAAGCCAUCCAAAAAUUAGUUUAACGGAAACAUUUCCACUUCCUGGAUAUUUUUGUAUUACGCCUCAAUCACCUUACUGCACAAUUUCUUAUUUAACAGAAGCUAUAAUGAAGGAUGCUGAUUUGGAAAUAAUAAAAAUGCUAGUUCAGAAUGGAGUUCCAAUCAGUUGUAAUAACAGUUCAGAAAUUCCUCCUUUUUAUAUGGCUAUUUACAAAAAUAAUGUACAAGUGGCGUCUUACCUCUUAAAAAUUGGUGCUAGCGUGAACGUUUAUUUGAAUGAAACUAUGUUUAAUUACAGUUGGGUGGCCUCUGAUAAUCUUCAAGUCAUCAAACUGAUCCUUCGUCAUGGUGCAGAAUAUGAUAGCAUUUUAAACUGUAAUUUAUCGGACAUGUUAAAUAUGCAUAAAGAUAAAUUUUUCAAACCAAGACUGAAAACGGUCGUAUCUGUAAUAUGUUAUUUAACUAACAAAUUGCCACACGGUAGCGAAGAAUGCCUUGAAUUACCAUUAUUCCAACUGCUGCCAAAACAAAGUCACAUCCAACUUGUGUAA